AUCAUACGAAGGGGAGUAUAGCGUGCAUUGAUUCUUUCAGCAUCGAUUGAAGUCAAAUCUAGAGGCAAAAGAUGCCUGACUUUAGAGGGAAGGUCGCCAUAAUCACAGGUGCGAGUGCUGGUAUUGGGAAGGGUACAGCUGUGGAAUUUGCUCAGUUGGGAGCGCACCUGGCUCUGACUGGGAGAAACGAGGAAAACCUGCAGGCCACAGCAAAGGCUUGUGUGGAGGCAGGGACUCCAGAAGACAAGAUUCUGAUUGUAACAGGAGACAUCUGUGAUGACGAAGUAAGGAAAAACCUGGUGGACCAGACUGCACAGAAGUUUGGCAGAAUCGAUGUGCUGGUAAACAAUGCCGGCACCUUAACGUUUGGUAAUUUAGAGACAACAGACAUGGCGGAGUAUGACAAAACGAUGGACGUCAACGUUCGCAGUGUGGUCAGACUGACUCAGUUGUGUGUUCCACAUCUCACAAAAACUAAAGGUGCCAUUGUAAAUGUGUCCAGUAUAAAAGGGAUACGAUCGUUUUCAAAACAUCUUGCGUACAACAUCAGCAAGUCGGCUGUGGACCAGUUCACCAGAUGCGUCGCACUUGAACUAGCUCCCAAGCAAAUCAGGGUCAACUCUGUCAACCCCGGUACGAUCCGGACAGAUAUUUUCCAAACCUCGGGAAUGACUGAGGAGGAAAUUACCCAGUACUACGAACACCAUAAAACCACUCACGCCCUGGGAAGGAUAGGAGAAGUGCCCGAAGUAGCGAAGACCAUCGCCUUCCUGGCCUCGUCGGACGCGUCCUUCAUAACCGGCGCCCAGGUCCCCGUGGACGGGGGAAGGCAUUGCAUAUGUCCCCGUUAAUUUAGAUACAUGCCCGUGGCAGAUCUUAACCGUUAACGUGGUUAUACUUUUUGCCACCAAUGUUUUAUUUCAUGAUUGUAUGGUUUCUUUUUGGUGUGGGUCGCCUUUGUCCUAAUUGCUAUGAUUUACAUUUGACACACAUUUGCAUAUUCAGAUAUGAAGCAGAUACAGAUACAAAUAUGAUAUAUAGAUACAGUGAACUCCAUUCAAACAAGUGUCAGGGAUGUCGUCUGCAAGAGUGAGGUCAUUUCCGCUUCCGCUUGAGCAAUACCAUUCUAAUAUAGGGGUGCCGGUUUGCACCAAUGCCUUG